GUGAGGAGGAUGAAUCCCCAACUCAUGCUCUUGAUCUUCUUGCACGUUGAAUCAAACAUGGUGUAGCUUUUUCUCUCCCUGCUGAAUUUGUAAGGAAAGGAAAAGGAAGAAGGUCUUGCCGUUGUUGUUCUUUGUGUCGAGGAAUGUGAAACGUGUGACAUAUUGGAUUUGUUGGUAAGGUCUUUACUGAUUUAACUUUCACUAGGUGAGCAGGAUUGAUUAUUCUCAAUUUCCUACCCUCUGAGGGGUCGUACAAUGGAACAACAUUCAAAAACCACUCAUCACCUUAAAAAGCUGAAAAAACGGCGCUCCAGUUUGUUUGCCAGCGUGAAACUGAACACCAGCUUAUCCAAGAACAUUGAAGAACCAGACGCUACCUUCCCAUUUGCACAGGAGAGCUCUGUGAAAGCAUGGACGUCCAUGGAUAACCUGGACAACCCUGCUACUCAGACAGUGGUCUCGAAGGAGAACGGGCCCGAGAAGAAAAGGGAGGAGAAAGAAAAACGUGUCGCCAGACAAUCCAACAUAGUCACCAUCAAUGUCGGUGGGAGAGUCUUUCACAUACCAAUCCAUCUGGUUCUCCGCUACCCCAAAACCAGGAUUGGCUCUCUGGCCCUCUGUACCGAUCCUGUGAAGAGGAUGACACUCUGCGACGACUACUCCGUCCGCAAAAAUGAGUUCUUCUUUGACCGGGACCCCACUUUCUUCCACUACAUCUUCCACUUUUACUGCAGCAACGUCAUGUGGGUGAUGGAGAGUCUGUGUCCGCUCAAUUUCGAGGAGGAGAUGAACUUCUGGGGUCUCCGCAUGAGGGACACUCCGAGGUGUUGCCGCAUGCUGUUUGAGGAGAAGGUGGAUGAGAUCAAAGAUGGCCUGAAGGUCAACCAGGAGCUGAUCGACGAAAUCAAGCCGGCCCACAGGGAUGAAGAGGCCAUGUUCAAAACCAUGUUCCUGGGAGGGUUACGCAAGGCCCUUUGGGACCUGAUGGAGAACCCCUACUCCUCUUUAGCGGCCAAGGGCUUCGCCGUGUUCUCCAGCCUCUUCGUCCUCAUCUCCAUCGUUGCCAUGACCCUCAACACGGUGAAGGAGCUGAGGAAGUACACUAUCUAUGGCAAGACCUACAUGGAGUGUGUGGAGAUCGUCUCCAUCGUCUUCUUCACCUUUGAGUACUUCCUGCGGCUACUCACCACCUGCGACAUCAAACACUUUGUGAAAAGCGGCCUCAACUUUGUGGACCUGUUGGCCGUCAUGCCCUACUUCAUCCAGAUCAUCUUUGAGAUUUUCACAGAUGUUGAUGAUGCUGGUGCCCAGGAGGACCUGAAGACCAUGGCCAGGGUCAGCAAAGUCAGCAAGGUGCUCAAGGUGGUCAAGCUCAUGCGCAUCUUUCGCAUCCUCAAGCUGGCCAAACAUUCCACGGGAAUGCGGGCGUUUGGCUUCACCAUCCGGCAGUGCAGAGAGCAGGUGUGCUGCUUAUUCCUGUUCAUUAUCAUGGGCAUCUUCACCUUCUCGGCCCUCAUGCACUCUGUGGAGCUGGACCAGCCAGGCACCCCCUUCAGCAGCAUCCCUGAUGCCUGGUGGUGGGCCGCAGUGAGCAUCUCCACUGUGGGCUAUGGUGACGUGGUGCCCAUCUCCUAUCUGGGUCGCUGCGUGGCUUUUGGCUGCAUCUCCUUUGGCAUUAUCCUCAACGGCAUGCCCAUCUCAAUCCUCUUCAACAAGUUCUCCGACUACUACGCCAAGCUCAAGGCCCAGGAAUACACCCAGACUAUAGGCCCGGGUGUACGCACCUUCCAGCUCAAGAAACGUCUGCGGCGCAAGUUCGAUGGCUGCUUUGAACCACAGCCUUCGGACGACUCUGAUGACGAUUAUGACACCGCAUACCAUCCAUACAGGAGUCAGAGCUGUGCGGGCGCCGAGUGAGACCCUAAUGCCAACGCCCCUUAAAUGCCUUUCUCGCCUUCACGCUGGAGACUGACACCCCAUCUGCCUCUGACUAUAUUCUAAGCCGGGAUGUAGGAAAGUAAACAUUGGGCAAAGGGGGUGGUGGGGGUGGGGGAUUGAGGCUGAGCCAAGGGGAGAUAAACCGUAAGCUACAGCUUUAGACGUGGCACGCUAAGGGUGACUCCUCAGUCAAAUGGACAGGAAUUACCCACCAUCGGGAUCGGUUUCUAAGAAUAGCACCUGAUGCAGUUAAGUUGAGUGGAACUACCUUUUUACCAGGCAUUCAUGCCUAUAACAGAGUAACGGCCAACGUUUAUUAGACUAUAUUGCACAAACCACUUGAGAAGCUGAGGGAUGGUAGCCAGUAGGCCUAUGACUGCUCCAUUGGAUGAAGUGCUAAUAUACAUUUUUUUGGAGGGGGCCUCAGAUCUAUAAAAUGUGCAGGCUGUAAAUUUUCAUAUCAACACAUGCAAUUAGGCCUAAUUAGUUUAUUAUAACAUGAUAAAAGACACUAUUGCAGUUGGAUGAUACUUCCAGUAGGCAAUUACUUCUCAGUUUUUGUCAGAAAAUUAACAUUCAACUAAUUCAUUGAAAAAAUUAUUAUAAAACAACAGUUUUAACGGUAUCUUUAAUUCAUUAGCAGAACUGAACCCAACUCUGACAUGGUACUCAGUUUCUACCCAAAUGUCCAUGUUAUGGGCAAUAGUCAGUUCAAGUCACACUAUAUACUUAAAAUGUAUACAGUUAGACAGUACUAUAUAGUACUGUAUACAGGACUCAUUUGAAAUAGACCAUGCGAUGGGUGUCAAAGAAUAAAAGUUAUUUCAUCUGAA